GACUUGCAACAGCAUUUUGCAACAGACUGAAGAUUAUGAUGUUUCUCAAGAUUUUGUAAAUAGUUUUGGUGAGACAAUGAUAUAAUAAGCAGCUUGAAUAAUGACGACCACCAUCAGGAACCCUUCAGGAACACUGUGUUUCCCUCCUCGCUGUCACUGAUACCCAAUCCAGCUAUUUGAAGGGAAGCUGACACAAAGAUGGUUGAGAGGAUGACUUCAGUCGAGUAUCAGGAUGACAUUACAACUGCCAAAGAGAGGAUCUGCAGGGAAGUACAAACUGCAUCCAUAACAGGGAAUCUUCACAGAACACUUCAAAGUCAAGAUGCUGCCUCCUCGGGCCCCCCUGUGGGGAAUGAUUGCAAGACACAGUCUGCUGAUCAAUCUGUCUGCAUGGGCAGCUUGCACGAAGAAGGUCAACAAUCCCCGGUGCCAGGAGCGAUGUCCAUGAAGAGUGAUCAGUCAAUGAAUCAUCCAAAUCGAUUUGCAGAUGACAGGACAGGGAGUCUGCUUGACAGACCUGAUUCACCAUUCAGCGAUGUGACUAUUGUACAAGAGGAUGACUCCACUGUCAGCUUUGAUAAACACCUUAGGGAAGAUGGUGGUGUGCUCUGUUCAGUUUGCUCCAAGAAAGCAUUUAAGUCCUGUCUGACCUGCAUUGCGUCUUUCUGUGAGACCCAUGUGAAGCAGCACUACACAGCUCCAGCACUGCAGAGACACAAGCUGGUGGAGGCCACUGGAGACCUGGAGCAGAGACUCUGCCAACAGCACCACAGAGAGCUGGAGUUAUUCUGCAACAGUGACAACACUCCAAUCUGUGUGUUAUGUGUGGCUAGAGAACAUGCUGGACAUGACAUAACGGAAUGGGGAGAGAAUGAGAGUCCUCGAUCACAUCAAUCACAAAUGGCAUUUCAGAGAGCUCACCCAUCUCCUGGACCAAUUCAGUUCACCUCAGUAAAUCCACACUCAGUUUCUCUGAGUUGGGGACCUCCUGAGGGACUGACUGGACCUCAGAGAUAUAGAGUUACUUGGAAAUGCGAUGGAGACCAGGGCAGCGUUGUGGUUUCAGAUGUCAGAUUUACGGCUGAGGAACUCAUUCAAGGGGAAAAGUAUGAAUUUGCUGUGGCUACGCUCAUGGAUGAUGGUAGCCACAGUCGAUGUGUAUCUGCAACUACUUGGACAGAAAUUCCCAAGCCUGAUAAUGUGUCUGCUACUACUGAUCCUACAUCACUGUCAGUGACAUGGAGCAAACCAGCAGGAGUCGAUGAGGUGAAAUACCUACUGUCCAUACACAGUGAAGGGGAAUGUCUGCAGACCCUUUGCUUGAAAUCUCUCCAACGAUGCUUUUCUGGCUUGCAAAAGGGGAAAGAAUACGUCAUCAGUGUCUCCACUGUGCUGAAGGAUGGGGGCCAGAGCAACCCUGUCACCAAAACCAUCUGGACAACUGUUCCAGUUCCAGAGCAGUUGUCUGUAGACUCGGUGACUGCUACAUCUGCUGAUCUGAGAUGGAGUCUGACUCAUGUGAUGAAUGACAAUCCACACAGUUUCCUGAUCUCUUACCACAGUGAAGGGACUGAACCACAGAUCAUCUCUACAGAUUCAUGCAGUGCAGUCAUCACAGGCCUGAAACCAGAUACUGAGUACAUAGUCAAUGUCUACACAAAACUGCUACACGGACAACCGAGUCAGCCAUCUUCAGUGACCAUUCACACAGAAAAAAAAAUUCCACCAGCAGUUCCACCAAGACAUAAAAGAGAUCAUCUGAUGUCAUUUCUUGGCAAAUUGGGUCUUUUGGAAUUCUAUCCAAAUAAACUCACUCUCAGUUCUUUACUGGAGAUAAACAAUGGAUCAAUGUUAGACCAAGAGGUGGAGUCUCUCAAAGAUGUGCCUCUGGCUUUCAUAAGAAAACUACUGAUGAUCAAUACCAAGUGCCAGAAUCACACAUCCGCAGACUCUAGUAAAACAAGUGGAAGUGGAAGUGAUGAUGAGGAGAAGGAGGAGGAAGUCAAUCCCUUGGAUCUGGUUACUGCUCUUUACCUUUGUGCUGACAGCUUUUUGCAGCAAGAAAUGUCCAUCAAGAUGUCAAUGUGUCAGUUUGCCGUCCCCUUUCUGUUACCUCAAUCUGACGACAGUCAGUGCACACUCAUGCUAUGGGCUCUAAGGAGUAUCUACAAAGAGUGGCGACCUCCUGACCUUAUGCACACCAAAAACUAUGUAGAGGACAGUGUGGUCCAUGCACAGAUACCUCUCCUCUCAUUUGUUUGUCUGGAAAAUUGCAGCUUCUCCAAAUCCCAACUUCUCAAUCAUGUCCUGAGUAAUACACAACAAAGUACACCAUAUUUCACACGCAGAGACAUAUGUGGUGGAAAUGUCCCAAAGAAGAUUGCAAAUGGCCUGGUGGAGAUCGCCUGGUCUCUUCCAUGUGGACAGAGCAAGACUGAUGUGUUUCCUGAACCCGUAGCAAUAGCUAAUAUGAGGGGAGAUAUAAUCUCCAACGAAUCACAAUUCAGGUUCCUCAUGCAGGUUUCUGCUGCAGUUUUUGUGUGCCUGGACACAAUGACCCAAGAGGAAGAGAGACUGUUAGAUUUACAGGGCCCGCUAAAGUCCAAACUGUUCUUGGUGAUGAAUUCUAAAAAAGAGAGACAUAAUGUGAAGUCUGUUGCCGAGUCACUGAAGCUCCGGCAAAGCCAUGUACUGAUGUGGAAACGGAAUGUCAACAUGCCAAAGUUCUGCAGUCAAAUCACUGGUGCCAUAAAAGUGGUCUUGGAUGAGUGCAAGGAAGCAUCCAACAUAGAGAAAAUAUCACACACGGCACAACAUUUGGGAAUCUCUGUGGACGAAAAUAAAAGUGAAGCCUCACAGUUAGCAAAGAUGGCAGCUGAAAACAUAAUGAAAGGCAUUGGGGUUUGUCAAAUACCAGACUACAAGAGAAAACAAAUGCCUCUUCAAGGUAAAUACUUGAGAGAAUUAGCUGAAAUUGAGGUAGAAGAGUGCAGAAUGCAAAAUGUAGGUGAUCUCAGUCCAGAGAAUUACAAGGUUCAACUUCUUAAGAAAAAACAUACACUAAGAGAACAACAAGGCAACAUAAAGACAUCACAAGCAAUGGAGCAGUUCAUUCAAGCACUGUCAACCACAGACAAAGAACAGAAAGCAUUCUUUCUCAGAUGGAUGUCACUUGAAUUAGAUAGGAAAUCACGUAAUCACCUGACACAACUCCGCAGAAAAUUCAAGGAAAGUUUCCAUGGAAAGAACAACACAUCAAUCACAGAGUUGGAUCAGCAGCUUCUGGCCAACUUCUUGGGCAUUGAGCACUACAUGAGAGAAAUAGGAUACAUCUAUGAAUCAAAGCGAUCAGAUGACACAAGACACCUCCCCUCAGUUGCUGCUGAGCUUUUGCUUGAUGGAUACCCCAUGGAGCUUCUUGAUGGAGAUGCGUCCAUCAUCCCAGAGAUGUGGGUGACUGAUGUUCUAAUGGAGGUGCACAGAAAAGUAGGGAGCUCUCGACUCUUGGUUGUGUCUGUAUUAGGUGUGCAGAGCACAGGGAAAUCUACUCUGCUCAACACCAUGUUUGGUGUCCAGUUCCCUGUUAGCAGUGGCCGCUGUACUCGUGGAGCCUACAUGCUCUUCCUCUCUGUUGGACAGGAACUCAGAGAGGAGCUGAAAUAUGAUUUUGUGCUACUCAUUGACACUGAGGGCCUGAAGGCUCCUGAACUUGCUAAGCUUGAUGGCAGCUCUGAGCAUGACAAUCAACUUGCAACACUUGUAAUAGGCCUCAGUGAUGUGACCAUCAUAAAUAUUGCCAUGGAGAAUUCAUCAGAAAUGAAGGAUGUUCUGCAAAUAGCAGUUCAUGCAUUUCUGCGGAUGAAACAGCUUGGAAAGAAACCAGUCUGUCAUUUUGUGCACCAAAAUGUCUCAGGUUUAUCUGCACACAGUAAACUGAUGACAGACCAGAAGCACCUUUUGGAACAAUUAGAUCAAAUGACACAGAUUGCAGCAGACAUGGAGAACCAGUCUGAAGUGAAAGAGUUCAAUGAUGUUUUGGAUUAUGAUGUAGAGAAGAACAACUGGUACAUACCAGGCCUGUGGCAUGGAACUCCCCCAAUGGCACCUGUUAAUUCAGGAUACAGUGAAGCUGUACAUGAGUUCAAAAAAAAUCUAAUUAAGCAAAACCAUACAGAACAUUUGUCAGAGAUUCCAGAUUUUCUUAAAUGGAUGAGAAGUCUGUGGAAAGCAGUGAAGCAUGAGAACUUCAUCUUCAGCUUCAGAAACUCUCUUGUUGCAUAUGCCUAUGACAGCCUUUGCAAAGAGUUCUCAGAAUGGGAAUGGUCGUUCAGGAAGUGUAUCUACUCAUGGCUGAACAACGCAGAGACACAGAUAUCUAACACUGACACCAGAAACGUAAUGAGUCUCUCUGAAGAUUUGGAAUUGGUUGGCCUCAGAAUCAUUGAAGAUCAGACAGCUGAGAUGAACAAGAAGUUGAAGGAGUAUUACACACGGAAAGACAGGUAUGUGAGCCUAGUGGAAAGAUACAGGGCUGAGUUCCUAAUUAAUAUCAAAAGCCUUAAGGGAGAAAUCACCAAACUUGUUGAAAAUAAGCUUCAGUGUGCAGUUUCUCUGAAAAUGGACAUGGAGCGGGUAGAAAAUAUUUAAAAAAGAACACACAGAUGUCAUUGAACAGCAGGUUAUAAAGCUCUUGAAAGCCUGCAAGAAAUAUCAUACAGAAUUGUCAGACAGUGACUUGGAGGAGGAAUUUACAAAAAUGUGGAAAGAGUUAGCAAUUGAUGUUUCUCCUUUGAAAGAGAAGGACAUUCCCUCUUCUGUCAUGAAGCAACUGAGAGCUAAUCUGGCUCGCCGCAAUGUGCAGGAACAGCUAGCGAAUGUAACGACCCUCGUUUUCAGGCGUCGGUUGUGAUGAUUAAAACGGCCAAACACAGGAAUUCUUCUUGGUGUCUUUAUUUCCCUCACUGCAUUCACACA